AUGGCCCGAUCUGGGGUCCCCGCAUGGCUGGCAUGUCUGCUGCUCUCUACGGCGUUAGCAUCGACAUGUGGGGAGCCGGAGCGUAAACUCACGCGGCAGAAGGCCCGUAACUGGGAUGCGGAGGCGAGAAAGAGGGCCGCGUCCUCGGCGAAGGCUUUCUUGGAGCAGGCUGAUCAGUCGCUGGUUGUGCCUGUCGAGGUGGACGUCUUCCUGAUCGGCUUCGAAGCCGACGGCGGCUAUGCGCACAAGGUGGACAGCAUGAUGCUGCAGAACCUGCUCAACGCGGGCGAGGAGGUUACCCACUGCCCGCGCUCUCUUGACACGCGGGGCGACCUGGGGCUGUGCUUCAAGGUGCACUACCAAGUGCUGGGACAUGCAGAGCUGGGAGGCGAGGCCGGCCAAUUGCUGCGCAAUAUCGAGGCGUACCUCAAGCCAAACCUCAAAGACCCCUUUGAGGCCAUGCCGUGGGCGCGGCCGCGGGGCAGGGGCACGCCAGGGACGCCGGAACCAGGGCACUUGGAACCGACAGAGUACACCGUGGAUGCUGCUGGCCUGGAGCCGCUGUUCGAGGCGUUCCUUGAGUUUGCGUAUGGCGUGUCAUCCUCGGAGUCUGACGAGGCGGCCAAGGCAGGCCACAACUGGCACCAGCACAACCCCAUCUUCAUCAUCAACCCCAGCAAGGUGCGCAUCAACCCCAAGGGCCACCCUGAGGACCAGAACCACCACGUCCCGGACUUCUUCUACCAGUGGCACAGGCGAGGCGGCGGCCCAGCGCCGAGGAACGACGCUGACGUCAUGCGGCGUCAUUGGGCCGAGGGGGGCGCCGGCCCGUCGCAGAUCGCUCCGCCCCAGGGCCGGCGCGGCCCCCACACGUACAAGCCGGAGGAGCUGGAGAAGGAGGAGGCCGGCCUCACGUACCGCUACAGCUACAACGGGGCGGGCGCCUCGGCCGCGUGGUGCGCGCCCGGGGAGUCCUGGGUGCGGCCGUGGAGCCCGGAGACGGGGCGGCUGACGUCGUCCCGCAACUUUGUGGUGGUGGACGUGGCCGCGGGGCCUGCUAUCUAUGGCCCUGCGGUGGCCGGCCGCGGCGGCGUCGUGGGCCCGACAUCCUUCCCCUCACUCAGGGACGUGUACCGCGCCAUCUUUGCGGAUUUGAAGGACGUGGGCCCGACGCUCACGGCCCAGGAGCACGCACAGGUCGUGGCCGAGCACGCCCAGCGCGCCCUCUUUGACGGUGCCCUGUCAUCCACCAUAGUGUCGGCCACGCGGUCCCUCUUCCUGCCAGACACCACCACUGAGCACCUGGAAUACGCGCGGUCACUGCUGGUGGGCGGGCGCGGUUGA